AUGUUCUAUGUAGCACUUGACACCGCUGCAGUUGGUGGUGGGGGGAUAAAAUCAAAUGUAUCAGGAUUCUGCCUCCGCUCUCUUUUUGGAUUGGUUGGGUUGUUUCUUAUUCAAGAUAAACUGGGUAGAGGAUGGGGAUUGGGGUUAUGGGAUAUCCGCCGGGUUUCUCCAACAAAAUUUAGGGGUUCAUUUGGUAGCUUGUGUCAAAUUGGAACAUGUACUGGAAUUAUAGCUUCACUCUUUCAAGGGAUCUUCUUUGAGAAUGAUCCUCAUUGGUGGAGAACGAUGCUCUAUAUUGCAAGUGUACCUGGUUUUAUUUUAGCAUUUGGUAUGCAGUUUGCUGUUGAGAGCCCCCACUGGCUAUGCAAUGCUGGGAAGGUUGAUGAUGCUAAAAAAGUUAUCUCAAAUCUUUGGGGACCAUCCAAGGUUGAUGGAAGCAUUGAAGAAUUUCAGUCUGUUCUUAAGAAUGACGGUGAUGAUUUGGACAGCAGAUGGUCAGAACUGCUACAGGAACCACAUUCUCGAGCUGCUUGCAUUGGAGGCACUCUGUUUGUACUGCAACAAUUUGCUGGCAUCAAUGCAGUUCUAUAUUUUUCUUCGUUAACUUUCAAAGAUGCUGGAAUCACAAAUGGUGCAUUGGCAAGUCUAUAUGUUGGACUUACCAAUUUUGCAGGUGCACUUUGUGCUUUAUACUUGGUUGAUAAGGAAGGGAGGCAAAAGCUAAUAAUUGGAAGUUAUCUGGGAAUUAAUGUAUCUAUGUUUAUUGUUGUCUUUGCUAUCAGCUUUCCUAUAGAUGAAGAGCUUCAUAACAACUUGUCUAUUCUUGGGACAAUCUUGUAUAUGUUGACUUAUGCAAUCAGAGCUGGUCCAAUAACCGGUCUUAUUAUACCUGAGCUCAGCAGCAGCAGCAGGACACGCGGGAAGAUUAUGAGCUUCAGUUUUUCAGUUCACUGAGUGUGUAAUUUCUUGGUUGGCCUAUUCUUCCUUGAGUUGACAAAGAAGUUUGGGGUUACACCAGUUUAUGGGAGCUUUGGUGUUGUUUCUUUAUUGACAACAUUAUUCUCUUAUUCUUUCUUAGUUGAAACGAAAGGGCGGUCUCUUGAAGAAAUUGAGAAAUCACUAAACCCUAGUUUCACCAAGCAUGAUUAGGGCUUUUUUUUUAAAAAACUAUAUUUCCAUUGUAACUGUAUAUAGUUAAACAUAUAAUAUAUUCGAUCCU